UUAAAAUUUGCGCUUUAACUGUGCUUUUUGACCGCACUUUGAUUGCGCUUUGAUCACGCUUUCACUACGUUUUACCUUCCACGGACACAUGUAUAUUCGACAUGUCAAUAUUUUAUUGGACACCGAAUUUAUCUCUACGCUUGACGUCCGGACCUAAUAAUUUUCCCUCAAUUAGACUCCUGCCUUCGUUCCCUCCCUAUUUAACGAGACACGGCCUUCAACAUCUCAAAAGCCAGAAGAGCCGGCAACACCAAUAUGGCGAACUCCCUCUCCAUCUUCCUCACCUUCCUACUUUUUCUUCUUCUUGUUCUUCUUCCACCUUCUGCCAUUAAUGCCACACGCCCAGCUCCAGCCUCCACUGACACCAGCAAGAAGGAGAAAGACUGCUUCGGCGAGUUUGGCGGCAAUGGCAAUGGCGGCUUCGGCCGCAUUACCGGCGGCGGAACUGGAGCUACCACCGGCGGGGGGAGUGGUACUGAUACUUCCGGCAGUGUUCCUUCUUUUACUGACUUUGAUCAUAGCGGUCCAGCUGCAGCCAAUGCACGUUAUAUUCCAGGCUUGGAUGACACUUUUGUGCCCAAUCCAGGAUAUGAGAUUCCCAGAUCUUCUGGUGGCGGUUCUGUUCCAUGAAUUUAGUCAUAAAACUGCAAGAAAUUCAUGAAAUUGAGCAGUGCAGGUGAAAUUUUAAUAAUGCACGUAUACAUACUUGCAGAAUUUAAUGGGACGAAAUGUGAUUAUUGUUGCUGUUUGUUUUCGCGUUUGCGUUGUUGUUGAUGUGUUGUGUUGUUCAGUAAUACGUGCAUGGUUAUGUGGGCUUUUGUCAA